AUGUCGACGCAAAGCACGAAACGCGUCUUUCUCGACGUGGCCAUAGAUGGAGUGAUGGCUGGUCGUAUUGUUAUUGAACUAUUUGAUAAGCUCCGUAAGGAAAUAAUUUUUAUUUCUUCGCUAAAUAAUUUUUAGUCCCAAUAACAUGUGAGAACUUCCGGCAACUUUGCACGGGAGAAGCCGGUGUAAGAGACGGCGUUCGGCUGCACUACAAAGGAAGCACGUUCCACCGAGUCGUCAAGGGUUUUAUGAUUCAGGUAAGUAAGGUUCCAGUUCAAUCAAGUUAACAUUUUUCAAUUCCAGACCAUGAUCGACCAUUUUGUUGUAGAAAUUGCGAUUUUUUCAGGGCGGAGAUGUCACUGUUGGCAAUGGCACUGGUGGUGUCUCAAUCUAUGGGAAAUAUUUUGCCGACGAGGGUUUUUUCGAUUCCCAUUCGGAACCUUACUUGGUUUCGAUGGCCAACAAAGUAAAUGGUUUUUUCAUUUCUUCCAAUAACACAACUUUCCUCAGGGUCCUAACACAAACUCCUCACAGUUUUUCAUAACAACUGCUUCGGCCAAACACUGCGACAACAAUAAUGUUCUUUUUGGGAAGGUAAUCUCAGAAUCGGAACAGUUGAAGAAGCAAGCGAAUUUUCCAAUUGAAGGUGGUCAAAGGAUUUGACGCUCUGGAAAAGAUUGAGCGAGUCAGUGUCAACGCGAAUCAUGCACCUCGGAGUGAUGUCCAGAUUUUGAACUGCGGCGAACUUUUUCGGAAGAACCCGUAAUUUCAAUUUACUUUUCAUUUCUUUUCAAGGUUUUCUUUCAGUUUUGAACAGAAAGUAGAGGAAGUCGUGUCCAAGACUCGACAACCAAAAGAGAAAAUUGAGGUUGACCUCCAUGGAUUUUAUUUUUUCAAACAUUUUCAGGCUCCUGAAACCGCCAAAGUGGAACCGAAAUUUUUGGAAAAUAACAAUUAUCUGCGCCGUUUUUCAAGAUCGCCAGAUGUGAGAAAUUUCUUUGAAAACCCUUGCAACUAAUUUUUCAAGAAGUCGGCGAAAAGACGUCGAUAUUCGCGUUCUCGUUCGCCGCAGAGGCGGCCGAGAAUCGAGGUUUUGAUUGAAAAUGAGCUGUUUUUGUUAUGGUUAUAUUUUCUUUGAGUAUGGUCGGGGCAGAUCCUCGAGGACCAAAGUAAAAGGACGCGGAAAUACUCUUUACGAUCCUCGGAGGAGCAUCACUCCGCCACAUUGGAGAGAAGAGCAGGUGCCGUUGUUUUCUCUUUCUUCCCAGUACGAAUUGAAGAACCCAAAAGGGAGAGGAAAAUUUUUUUCACUAAGAAAAAAACAUUUUGCCGCAAAACUUAUAGAAUUUCGUUUUAUUCGUCUAGGAAAACUUCAGAAAGCAAGAUUCAAUGAAAUUUUCAGAAAACAGAUCUGAAAGACGAAGAAAAAUAAUCUUUUAAUGAGAAAAAUCUAGUAGUCAAAACAUGUUUUGGCAGGAAAAAUAGCAGUUAUUUUAUUAGUUUAGAUCAAAAAAAUUUAAUAUUGAAGGGGUUUUUUUCAAAUGUUCAGACUUGAUUCCAAUUGCCAAAAAAGGAAGAUGAACGAGGAAAAAGAUAUCAUUUUUAAAAGCAUAUUUUCCUUCACUGCGACCAACCACAUCGAGAACUUUUCUUUAAAAUAGAAAAUCCAUUCUCGUUUUUUUCACGAAAUACAUUUGCAGCGACGCGUUUUCUCACUGGGAGAGCUGCACAAAAGGCGCGAAAAACUUGGCUUGGGGCCAGACGGCGUCGUCAAACGCGAGAGACGCCACGAGCAGGUCUGA